AUGACUUCCGGUAAGGGGGGCGUGGGUAAAACUACCGCAACUGCCAAUGUUGGGACCGCCUUGGCCCUUCGCUCCAAUCGGGUUGCCGUCAUCGACACUGACAUCGGAUUGCGGAAUCUCGACGUGGUGAUGGGCCUCGAGAACCGCAUCGUGUACGACCUGGUUGACAUCGUCGAAGGGCGCUGCCGCCUCGAACAGGCGCUGAUCCGUGAUAAACAUGCCGGCGAACUGUACCUGAUCGCGGCGGCGCAAACCCGGGACAAGGAUUGCAUCACGACCCAACAACUCGUCGGAUUGUGCGAAAGGUUGGAAGACGAUUUCGACUACGAGGCUCUCGUCGUUACCACUCCUGAAGUUUCAGCCAUACGCGACGCUGACCGCGUGAUUGGCCUUCUUCAGGCGGCCGAAAUCCGCGAUAUCCGGCUCAUCAUCAAUCGCAUCAAACCCGAGAUGGUUCGCCAGGGCAACAUGAUGGACGCAUCGGACGUCUUGGAAAUGCUUGCCGUUGACGCCGUCGGUUUGGUCCCGUCCGAUGACCGCGUCAUAACCUCUACCAACAGCGGGACACCUGUGGUGUACGACGGCCAAUCGGCUUCCGGUCGCGAGUUCGUGCGUAUCGCCGCCCGCAUCGACGGCGAGCAUAUACCGUUGAUCGACCCGCUUGACGAAGCGCCGACGUCCAUCAUGGACAAAGUGCGCAACAUCAUGGGGAUCAACCGCAAGGCUUCCGCCCAUGUUUGA